UGAAGUUUGUUGCAAAUUUAAUGCGUUUGUUUAGGUCGAAGUCUGGUGAAAAAACAAGUUUCAAAUCGCCCCUCGUGCAUCAGGUUCCACAGCGCCCGGCCGUGUGCAGAGGAGCGGCUCGGGUUUCCUCCGGUCUCCUCUGCGGGCAACAUAUAUACACCACGAGACCGCAGACAGGAGCAGGCAGGAGCAGACAGGAGCAUGUCCCGGUGCCUGUACGAGAGUCUGAGGGCUGUGGGGCUGCAGCAUCACUAUGACAGACGAUCAGGGGAGCCUCGGAUCUGGGUGUGCGUGAGGAAGCGACCCCUGACCCCUGCGGAGGAGAGGAGACAGGAGACAGACGCGGUGACCUCUGCUGGUCAGAGCUGUGUGGUGCACGAGAGCAGAGCGGCCGUGGACCUGACACACUACGAGCUGCAGCACAAGUUUUACUUUGACCACGUGUUUGGAGAGGACUGCUCUAACGAGGAGGUGUACCAGAGGACGGCCUGCCCGCUGGUCCAGCACAUGCUCCGGGGGGGCAGUGCCACCUGUUUCGCGUACGGGCAGACGGGAGCGGGGAAGACCCACACCAUGCUGGGCUCCUCUCUGGGCGGGUCGGGUGAUCAGGGCGGGUCAGGCAGCGGGUCUGGCAGGUGGGGCUUUGGAGGGGAGCCGGGCCUGUACGCUCUGGCCGCUCAGGACCUCUUCUCUCACCUCUCCUCCUCCCCCGCCCUCGCCCACCUCAGUGUUUUUGUCAGUUUCUUUGAGAUCUACUGUGGACAGCUGUACGACCUGCUGGACCACAGGAAGAGGCUGUUUGCACGAGAGGACGGCCAGAGGAACGUGCACAUCACGGGGCUGUGUCACAGGAGGGUGGAGUCAGUCCAGACUCUGCUGCAGGUGAUCUCUCGGGGCUCAGAGGAACGCUCUCAGGGCUGCAGCGGAGUCAACCCACUGUCGUCUCGCUCUCACGCUCUGCUGCAGAUCCAACUGAGAGGAGCGGAGCCAAGAGGGGCGUGUCAGAAAGUGCAUGGCCGGAUGUGGUUCGUGGACUUGGCCGGCAGUGAGCGAGCGUCUGACUCCAGAGACUCUGACAGACGCAGCCGAGUGGAGGGAGCAGAGAUCAACCAGAGCCUACUCGCGUUAAAGGAGUGCAUCCGCUCUCUAGACCAGGAGCAGGGCCACACACCCUUCAGACAGAGCAAACUCACCCAGGUGCUGAAGGACUCGUUCAUCGGAGACUCCCUGACCUGUAUGAUCGCGAACAUCUCCCCCGGUCACUGCUCCACAGAACACACCCUGAACACGCUCCGAUACGCCGACCGUGUGAAGGAGCUGAAAGGCCAGAGGGGGCAGCAGAGAGCCAGACGAGGUAAAAACACCUCCACCCCAAAACAAAACCUGUCCCAGAGCAGUGGUGCCAGCAGGGGGCGUUACAGAGGCUCCAGUCCGCCCAAGAAACCAAGGACCACCACCUCCAAUGCCCCGCCAACGCCGUCACCCGUAAGAACCCACGAGGACAGCACGUUCCUCUGCUCUACACCCAAGAAACACCAACACAACCAGGACAGGAGGGGGAGGUUUACCUGGAUCUCACCCGUUCAGAUUCCACGAAGAACGAGCCGUGAAGAGGGCGAACACAGGGCAGAGAAACUACGUAACCAGGCAUCAAAUCAACCACAAAAUCUUGAAUUUAGUCCGAGAAAGAUGGCACCGCAAAGCCAAAAAAGUUACGAAUGGAACGAUUCAAGUAAACGUUUCGAAGACCAAGAGAAGAGGAGGCAUCUUAAACUCUAUCACCAACAGUUACAACAAUUUGAUCCACUUUUGACGUCUUCUGAUCUGCUCUCUCAAAACACAUCCACUGACUCCCCGAAAGAGAAUUCACAUGUUACCGAAAACAUGCUCGCGUCUUCAGUGGCCAUGGAAGACAUUUUGGGCCAGUUUAAAGCUCGUAUCAACCGAGUGCAGCCACAUGAGCCUGAUUCUGAGGUGAAUGCAGUGUUUGACAAAGAUUUGGUUGACAAAACAGAUGCGAUACUGAGAAAAAAUAGGACAAAACAGGCAAAAACAGCUCAAAAUAGCGGCGCGAAAAGUGCUUGGGUGUCGGACAAUGAAGCGAUCUCAGGAAUUUGUUUAAAUGUAGGCGAAAGUAUUAACAAUCGUACCCCAAGACAAGGAUUUACGGUUGAACUGUGCGACCCGCGAGCCCCGGCAGAGCGCCCCCUGUCUCCUGCAGCGGAGAAGAGCAACUCGCUUUUGACGCUUUCUGAUUUGAACUCUUCCAAAAUGAUACCAAAUAGUCCCAAGUCCAAUGAAGGCAACCAGCGUAAUGAAUGUACAGAAAAGCAUGGCGCGUUAUUUCAAAUGGUGGAAGAAAUGCGAAGUGUAGAAAUGGACCCUCUGUGGUUGUCCACGUUGGAGAAGCCAGCUUCAGUUUUGCAUCUCCAACAAAAACCAACCACUUCAGAUAGGGACCUAGAAACGUCUUUACCUGUGUGCAGCACGGUGUGGGAGCCAGAAGAGGGCGCUGACGAGUGCUACCUGGAGGUGCCUCAAGCAGUAGGUUCCUCUAUGAUUCCUUGGGCCAUACGGUUCCACUCACAACAACAAGGGGGCGCCAUCCAGCCAGCCGCGCCCACAGCUCAGCCCGUCUCUGCUGUAGGUGAUGCGGUCUUUAAUAAAAGCUCCGCUCUCACACGCAACAGUCCCCACGUUCACCACAACAACAACAACAGCAGCGUGACCUCCUGCCCCCUGAGCCAGAACGGCACAGUGCCACCGCCUGGUCACUGCGAGAACAGCAGCUCUGAGGUCCCACCGUCUGAGAGAGGAGAAGAGAGAAGAGAGAACAAAAGCACAUCUGAGGAGUGGAUGAGAGGAAACCAGCUCGUCGUCCAGGCUCAUUUAGAGACGCGCAAACAGAUGGAGCUUCUGUCCCACAGAGAAGGGACUCUCCUGGUGCAGCAGCCUCAGAUGGCUUUUGUGGAGUACGUGCAGCAGCUGGAGCAGAUCAUGAUGAGAAAGGCUCUGUGUGUGCGGACUCUGAUCUCACAUCUACAAACUUACCUCAAGACCAGCCACACUGAGCAAAACGCAGUUGUAGGGAAUUAAAAGGAUCAACCCAGCAAUGCAGAAUCCAUUCUAAUAGUAGGGAUGAGCAAUUUUUUUCUGAUAAACAUUGCAGUUGUGAUAAGAUUUGUGAUUUAUAUUUUAAUAAUAGGAUUCUGAACUGACAAACUAAUACAAGAAUCACAUUUCAGAACAGAUUUGUACAGAUCUAAACUACAGGGUUAGCAGUUUUUUACGCAGAAUAACACAGAAUUAGUUGUUUGUGGAGGAAAUGAUGGUACUAAAAAUUGCGGCCAUUGUGAAUUGUUGAUUGCGUCUAUUCAAAUAAUGAUUUCGCCCUAUUAUAUCGUGACGAGAUGUGUGAACAGUAGCCAGAGGUUGUAUGCAGGGGCGUUGGACUGGAGGGGUAAAAAGUACAGUUUGCCCAGUUUGCGGGGACGGGCCUUUCACUAAAUUUGUAGGCCCACACAGAUGAUAUGUUCUCACUCAGGGGCGAGUAAUUUAUUUAUUUAACCAGUCGCUGCUAUUUAGUAAUCACACAUGUAAUGAGCCACUAACGGGGUUAACUGGUAUAUUAAGCUUUUCUCAAAUCCCGUAGGAAGAAGGACAAUAACGUCUUUCCC